AAUUCUUCGCAGAAAGGGUGAUUAGAUGCUGGAAUGGGCUGCCCUGGGGGGUGGUGGAGUCACUGUCCGUGAAGGUGUUAAGGAAAGACCGGAUGUGGUACUGAGUGCCAUGGCCUAGUGGACGUGGUGGUGAUCAGUCAUAGUUGGACUUGAUGAUCUCAGAGGUCUUUUCCAAUCUAAUUGAAUUCUCUGAUUCUGUGAAUUGUUUAUAAGUGAGGAAUAUAGAAACUUUGGAUUUAAUUUUUCUCUUACGUAAUCUCCCCUUGAACCCCAUUUGCUUUCAGAGCAGUGUAAAUGAAAUUCUUACCCUGGUUUCACCAAGAUUCCCAACCUUAAUUCACAGUUCCUGACUAGAUUAAAUGCUCUAGUGGGUCCAGUGGCACUUCACCAGCUCAGGUUCAGCACUGCAGCAAUAGCAUUUCUGGGGCCAUUUUUGGAAGCCAUGCAUGUGAAAUUGUGAACUUGGAGUUAGAAAUCCUUGUCAGAAUUACAUGGAGUUAAUUUUUUUCUAUCCCGAAUCUGUCAUAGGUAGAUUGAUUUUACUCUGCAGCUUAGACUGUUAUUAGAUGUUGUGUUGAGAACUAAUGUUAUUCUCUUGAUGAAGAGAAUUGUCAAUCUCAUAAUGAAGAGUGAAAUCUUGCAAAAGAGCUCCAGUUCUGGCCACUUUGUUUCUUAAGUCAUUUUCAUGUGCAUCAAGUAUUGUCACUUUGCAACUCUCCUGUAACUUGAACUUUUCCUGAAAACAUGGAACCUCAUAAUAUAGCCAUUUCAUUCCUGGAUCUGUUGUCUCUGAUAUUCUCAGCAUAUCUUAGCAUUCAGUGGCUGGUUGGGUCAGGGUGUUUGUGCCUUGUUUAGAUGUGCAAUUUUAAAGACCUGGUUCAGCAAUUGUCGCUCAUGGAACUCAGCCCAAAUAGAUUGACUGUUUGCUGGGAGUUCAGAUGUGAAGAUGCAGUCAGAUUCCUGUGGACACUUCUGGAUUAGCAGGAGCAUAGUGCUGCUUGUCCUGUUCAUGGUGCAUUGGAGGUGACCCCCGUACCUGCCAUGUGCAUUGUGAAGUGCCUGCUCUGCCACACUGUGGGGAUGUUUGUGUGCAGCUUCCUCUGGUAGCUAAACUUCUGUUUGUCAGUCACAACACAGGGAUGUAGCUUCAAGAGAAGCACCAUGCUGCCACCAGACUGCCAUUUACUUUUUGGCACUGCAGAACAUGUCACUUUUCCUUUUGCUUAAACACAGCAAUAGUCUGCAUCUGCUCCUGCUAGCAGAAGCAGUGAAGCAACUAUCCAGCUUUCUUGUGCUGGGAACUCACUUGCCAUUGACCCUCUUCACUGACAGAGGAUAUUGCUGAUCUGGUUGCCUAUACGAAACUUCCAAGGCUGAUGAAAAUUAAACAGUGAUCCUUCCUGUGCAGGGGCUGAUACAGGGAAUCCAAUGUAGUUGCAGGGCAUUGCAGAAAAUCACAGGGUUUUCUUCUGGAGGGUUUUCCCAGUUGUGUUGGUGUCACUGAUGUGUGUUGCAUGUCCUCUGUCUGCUUGAGUCUCACCAGGCUUGAUUAUUUAUUGAGAGGAAAAGAGUUCUAGAGCCUUCUGCCAGUGAGAACCAAGGCAGCCUUAUUUGAGCAAUGAUAUGACGGACUACUUGUUGCUGUGUUCUGAAAUUCUUCAUGGAAUAUUAAAAGCAACCUGUAAUUUUCUGUGCUCACAGGCAGUCUAGAUCUUUAGUUUUGAGCCCUGACUGCUUCCCUCUCGUGCUGCCUCAUGACAGUUACAGCUUAACCUCUGUAGAGGAAAACUGCAGACAUAUAUUAAAUGUUGCAACGCUGAGUGUAGAGUGUGUUUAUUAAAAAUUAUCAGGAAUGAUCGGUAGACAUGUAGCUAUGAAAUUGGAAUGAAAUUGAGAAGUGGAGACAGGUUGUUCGCUGCCAGAGUCAGUGUUGUGCCAUUCCCUGUGUGGACUCGUUCUUAUAUGUAAUAUUUCCUGUGCAUUUCUUUUUUUCCACUGUGAGGUUUCUGAAAGGCUGCAGGAAUUAUGGCUUAAUCUUUAGUGGGAUCCUUAUGGAAGAUGGGAUGCGGAAUCCAGGAACUGUUUCUGAAGUGCCUGUGUGUGUUGACUGGGAAGACAUCAGGAGAUCUCUCCACUCUGUGCAUUAGCUUAGGACACUCCUAUUUCUCAGUCUGACAUGAGCUCAACAGGGAUUUCUGAUGCUGUUUGACUCUGCUCUGCAGUUGCCCUGCAAUAUAUGUAACCAACUUUUGGUUGAUAAAUUUGCAUUUAUCUCAUUGCCUCUGACUUCUUGGGUGCUUCUUCUGUCUGCUAAAUCAUGACUUUAAUCUCUUGGGUGCUGAGCACCAAGCAAGAAAAUAGUGAUGGUUGUUCUUUUCUAGGUAGAUAAAUAUCCUCAUUUCCAAUCCUUUCCCCCUGCUAUUUUUCUGGUUUUUUUCUGUGAUGGAGGAGAUUAUGGUCAGGACUGCAGUGUAGGGGACAAGGAACUGGUGUCAGGAUCUUCAGCAUCUCUGUGGAGAGAGGAGAGAGCUGGUGGUAGGAACCUUUGUAUGUAGGUUCUAGACGUGUGAAAGAAGAGGGGUGGGGGAGUGGUGGCUGAUGGAGCAGGAGAGACUGGUGGUCCCACCAUUGAGACUUCUGUAUCUCUUCGAGCAGCUUUUAAUGUGAGUGAUGGCCAUUGAUUUGUGUCACUUCAGGUCAUCCAAGAGCUGAGUUGGUGCUGAUGUUGUUACUGUGCUUGACAUCUGUGGAUAUUGUGAGCUUGUAGACAGAAGCACUUAUCUGUUCAGGUAGAUUUCAGUGGAAAACUUCAUGUCAUAGGAAGACUCUGAAUGAGUCUUGGCUGCCUUAAGUUAAGUUUAGUAUUGCAAACUUCAGAAUCUUAGUUGAAUCAUAGUAUUUCGUCUUGAACUGGAGGCAGGAUGCAGACACAGGACAAGCAUAAAUGCUGGGCUUCAGGCUUCUACUUUGAUUGUAAUGUGUUCUCGGAGCAGAUAAUUAGUUCUGUUUGGCUGCAUCUGUAUUUGUUUUCUCAGUGUUGCAGCCAUGAAAAGUGAGAAAAGUAGGAGGGGAUGCAGAAAGAGCAAUUAAGGAAUGCACUGUGCUUUGUGGUGUUGCAGUGGCAUGCAGCCUCAGCUGUAGCCACUGCUGCACUGCAUAUCCUGUAAUUGAGAGUUUGUGUAGGAGCAAUACUCAACUGUUCUUUUUACAGUAUAUGUAUGGCCUGGCAGAGUGUUCAGCAAAACAGAGUGGCCUGGGGCCUGCACAGCAGUUAUCUAUAUGUGAAUGGGUGGCAGCUUCUUUGUUGCUCCCAGGAGUAUUCAGGCAGGCCUGAGACAUACUCUAGUGGCCAUCUCCCUUCUGCUUUGUUUCAUGGGGGACCUGUUGCUCAUGGCAAUUUGAUCUUCAUCCUGAAAUUCAUACUCUUCCUCAAGGGGCUUCAGAAGGCUAGAAUGGUGUUUGGAUUAAGUACUUGGUCCCAUUCUCUACAGUGCACAUGGAGCACCCUGACAAAUCGAUCACACCAGUUAUUUUCCUUACCCUUUUUAUGGGUUUGAGUCGGAGCAGUGCAGAUCUAGUUCUCUUUAAUGUCUGUAGUAGUUCAUUUACAUUGAGGGAGUGUGGUCCAUCUCUCUUAGUGUUGCCAAAAAGAUGCUGCUGAGCACAGAUUCCAUCACAGUUCAUGCAGGUCCAAAGCCAUGGAGACCUGGUUACUGAGCGUAUGGUUUCUAGACUGGCUGGCUCUGCUGGUGUGGAACUGUUUAGAAAACAGUGACGUGUUGUUCCUUACACUUUCACCCAAAUACAGGACCUAGUGCAGAACAAGUUCUGGUGCAGGAGUAGAUGGCAAAGAGCAGUGUGAAGCAAAGAGCAGUUACCUGUGUGAUAAACCUGAGUAUAGAGGAGAGCAUCAACCAGAGCCAUGUAGAGACAGUGGCAUUGGACCUCAAAGAGAGAAGGGAUCAGGAGGGAUUGACAGGACAGUCUUUCAGACUAGCUGUUUAGGUAUAUGCUAAGUGAACCAGCAACGUCUCAGAGUUCAUUCCUUCAGAAGUGUUGCAACAAAUUUAAAUUGACAGCAUGAGUUAGUAGUAGCUCAGCGCUGUUUAAGUUUGUUACUGAUCUCACAGUAACUGUUCUAAAACUAGAUUUACUGUUCCAUAUACUCAUGGCCUAAGAUGCUGCAAUAACAAAGAGUUGUCUUGCUCAGUAGUAUGCCUUAAACAGAUAGAGAUUUCAACAGAAGAGGCAGUUUCUUUAGUGACUGCCAGCUACAGUGGGCUGAAGUUACAAAACUACAAAUGCUGAGUGAUGGCAGUGUGAGAACUCUUUAACAUAUUUCUUAUGUUAUUUCUUAUGCCAAAGGCUUGAAUGUCAAGACCUUUGGAUGUCUGGGCUGUGCCCGUAACUUCUUUGGUUCCAAAAUACUCUCGUGGUCAAAAAAGCUUAGCAGCAACUUGGACAAUUUUUGGAAGGGAGCCAGGGACUCUUUCUCACUGUUGUAUUUGGAAAGAAAAUGGAGAAUUUCAUCACAAGGUAAGAUAGAACUGAAUAAAAGGAGAGGAUGGGAGAUAGGGAGUGAAGUGUAGUUGAGUGAAUUACAGAAAACUGCAGAAAUGGCAAAAGUUAGGUGAUGUGCAAAGGGGAGGGAAGUCGUGAAGAGGAUAGCAAAGAUUGUCUGGUAGACUUUGUUGUAAGCUGUGGUAAAUUCAAUUUGGAAAAUCCUUUUUUGUUUUCUAGAGAGAAGAAAAUGGAUAAUUCAGGAUUACCAUCAGUUUUGGAAUUGACAAAUUCUCUUUCAAGUCUAAAAAUGCGAUUAGUGCAGUAUGUCCUAAUUACGUUCUGCUGUGAUUUGGUAAAAAAAGCCUCCUUUUUAUUUACCUUGUAUAAGCAAUUCAGAAUUUUUGGCUUUCAAAUUGAAAUCUUCCUUUCCUACUAUCGUGCCAAAUCCCCCAAACAAAACAUACACUGUAAUUCAUAAAGACUUGAAGGUCUUUUGGAGUGUUAAGUAAGACAUGACGUGCUUUGGGUUUUUACCAUUGGCAAGUUAUUUGCUCUUGCAGUUACAGAGUACUGUACUCUAUCUUUCUGUUUUGUUUUGAUCUUUUAUAGGAAUAAAAAGUUUGUUUUAAGACUUCAGGAAGUGUUUCAUGGUCAACAUUGAAUGCGGUGUGGACUACAUUUUGGGGUGUCUUUUGUAUGGCUGCCAGUAGCACUGGGAAACUGCAACUUAUACCCCGAAGAAACUGAAACUUCCUCUUUAAAAGGUGCAGUGCUGUGAAAACUGUUACUGACCGUAGAAAAAUGGACAUGUUGCAGAUACUCCGUAAAACCACAGAACGCUUAGAGUGUGACCACUGCAGCUUCAGAGGAACGGACUAUGAAAACAUACAAAUUCAUAUGGGUACCGUUCACCCAGAGUAUUGUGACGAAAUGGAUGCUGCUGGUUUGGGUAAACUUAUAUUUUAUCAAAAAAGUGCAAAACUGUUUCACUGCCACAAAUGCUUCUUUACCAGCAAGAUGUAUUGCAACGUGUAUUAUCACAUCAAAGCACAGCAUGCAGCACCUGAGAAGUGGAAUGAGGAGCGGAAGGAACAGCGGUUAGAAGGAGAUUCAGAUUCACCCAAAAAAAGUGUCACAUUGGAGCCACAGAAACCUGUCCUUUCCCCUGAGUCACAGAAACCUCCCCUUUCUCCUGAACUCCCCAAAUCUGAACCUGUUGUUUCCCCCAAGCUUCAGAAAUCUUCUGUGUCUCCAGAGCCCCAGAUAUCUGCUCAGGUGACUUCCUCAGAGGCAGAGAAGUCAGCCCAGACUGUAUCCCCAGAUCCAGAAAAGUCAGCCCAGGCUACAUCUCCAGAUCCAGAGAAGUUAGCCUCAGCUGUGUCCCCUGAUCCACAGAAGCCAUCCCCACCUGUGUCCCCCGAUCAACUGAAGCCAUCUCCUGCUGUGUCCCCUGACCCACAGAAGCCAUCUCCUGCUGUGUCCCCCGACCCACAGAAGCCAGCCCCAGGUGUGUCUCCAGAGCCCCGGCGGCAUUCCCCAGGUGUGUCUCCAGAGCCCCGGCGGCAUUCCCCAGCAAUGUCUCCAGAACCCCGGCGGCAUUCCCCUGCUGUAUCACCAGAGCCCCGGCGCCAUUCUCCUGCAGUGUCUCCAGAACCCCGCAGAUACUCCCCAGCUGUGUCACCAGAGCCAAAGAAACCUACUCCAGCAGUAUCCCCUGAACCACGGAGGUAUGCCCCAGCUGGGUCUCCUGAGCCACGGAGGCAUCCCUCCCAAAUGCGUAGGCCUGCUUCUGCUUCUCCUCCUGAAACCCGGAGGCCUGCUUCUGCAGUUUCACCGGAGUCAUGGAGACCUGGUCCGACUGUUUCCCCCGAGCCCUGGAGGUCUCACGAGAUGCAAAAGUCUCCGACGGUUUCUCCCUGGGCUCCAAAGCCUGCCAUGUCAGUGUCCAUAGAAUCCCGGAGGUCUGCCCCUGAGUCUCGAAGGCCUGGCCCUGUUGCGUUGCCAGAACCUAGGAGGGUUGUUUCUGACUCGUGUAAGUCUACGUCGUUUUCUGAAUCCCAGAAGUCUACUCUUGUUUCUUCUGAGCCAUGGAAACCCAUCUCAUCUGUUUACCCUGAAGGCUGGAAACCUGUUCUGUCCCCUGACACAUGGAAGCAUUCUCCCCCCGUUUCUCCUGAGCUUCGAAAGUCUAGUCACACUGUUUCCUCAGACUCUUGGAAGCCUCCUUUCUUUCCUGAGGUCCGUAAGCCUGGUAUUUCAGUAUCUCCUGAACCUUGGAAACUCUCUGAGUCACGGAAAUCUAUGUAUUUUUCUGAAACUCAGAAAUCCACCUCUGCUGCUUCGUCUGAGAUUCAGAAACGGGCUCAUUUCCCUGAACCUCGGAAAAGAGUGCUGUUCCCAGAGUCCCGUAAAUCUAAUCCCACUGCUUCUACUGAUGUCCAGAAACGUGCCGUCUUUUCUGAGCCCCAGAAUCAAAUAUCUACUUCUGCUUUUUCUACUGAAGGUCAAAAACAAGCCCUGUGUUCUGAAACCCAGAAAUCAGCUCUUGUUUCUUCUGAAGUCCAGAAGCACACCCUAUUUUCUGAAGCCCAGAAACUUGCUCCCAUUUCCUCUGAAGUUCAGGAGUCUACUUCCUUUCCAGACUCUCAGAAACCCACAUCUCCUGAAAUUCAGAAACAUGGCCUCUUUACUGAGUCCCAAAAACCUACUCCUGUUUCUCCUGAGACACCCAAACAAGUUGUUUUCACUGACUCCCAGAAAUCUGCUAUUUCCCCUGAUGUUCAAAAGCACGCUGUAUUUUCUGAGAUGCAGAAGCCUGCUGCUGCUUUAUCCUCUGAUGUCCAGAGACAUGCUGAAACUACUGUACCUUCUGAAAUCCAGAAGAAUAUCCUGUUUUCCGAGCCUCACAAGUCUGCUUCAGGCUUUUUCUCCGAGCCCCAAACACCUAGUGAGUCUGGCGAGAGUGACUUUCUUUCUCACACUUUAGAUGAUCAGAAACCACUGGAUGACUUAUUCUCACAGGAUGAACAAUCAUUAUUAGCCAAAGAAUCACCAGAAGACAUGCUAUAUUCAUGCCCAAAAAAGAAGCCCAAGAAGGAAAACCAGGAGAACUCAGAUUCUGAACUAAAUAUCAGUGAGUGUGGAAAAACAGAGUUGGACUCAAUGGAGAUAAAGGAACAAGAAUCCAACAGUGACCAAGAGCAGUACGAUAUGGAGUCAUCUGAUUAUGGCAAAGAGAGCAAAAUGGAUGCAACUACUCCCACGCAGCCACAGUGUGUGCUGCAGUUUACUGAAGAAAAAGAGGCUUUCAUCUCUGAGGAAGAAAUAGCAAAAUACAUGAAGCGUGGCAAGGGAAAGUAUUACUGCAAAAUUUGUUGCUGUCGUGCAAUGAAAAAAGGUGCUGUCUUGCACCAUUUAGUUAACAAGCAUAAUGUUCAAAGCCCAUACAAGUGUAAAAUAUGUGGCAAAGCUUUUCUCUUGGAGUCUCUUCUUAAAAACCAUGUUGCUGCUCAUGGUCAAAGUUUGUUGAAGUGUCCCCGUUGUAAUUUUGAAUCAAAUUUUCCUCGAGGCUUUAAGAAACAUUUAACCCAUUGCCAAAGCCGUCAUAGUGAUGAUGCACCUAAAAAACACUUGGACAACCUUGAACCGCUUGAAGAACAAAUUUAAUCUUUUUUUCUCCUUGUGCUAGAAAAGCUAAAUUUACAGAAGUGUUCAAAGUGUUACUGUAUGUUAACCAAGUAGUUUAGCUGAUCUGACAAGUCAGAAGAUGCAUGGUUUAUUGUGCUAUGUUUACCUUGUCUUUUAUAGCUGUAUUACUGAAGAGAUUUACUUUUGAAAGUCAUUUUAAAUACGUGUUCAUGUCUUUGUAUUACCCAUCAGUAGAGUCAUAUUUUAUUUUUCAGAUGUACUAUGUUUUUGAAACCAAAAUGGAUACAAAAUAGUUUUGUAAAGAUUUGUAAAACAUAUAGGCAAUUAAGGACUGGAAUGGCAAGCAAUCCAUAUUUUCCUGUGAAGACAACUUGUUUUUUCACAUUUGUUAAAUGUUGUAUUUUUCAAAAUGUUUUUAUCAAGUUCUCAAAUCUAAAAUUCUCACUAAAUUGAAUGUGAAUGAGCCAGGUAUGAGAAACUACCAAUGUCCUGGAAUAAUGAUGCCCUGACGUUGUAAUUGAGUGUAUAGUCAAUUGUUGGAAAUUCAUUGCACUCAAUUCUUCGACUUACUUGUCUCAGAUUUAGAAGCAUCAAGGUACCUAUUUUGUGAUUCUGUGUUUUGGCCAUGUUUUAAGCAUGUACUAAUAUACAUUAAAUUGAUAGAUUAACGUCAGACUAUGUAUAGCUCAACACUUUCUCUUGAUGAUUCAGAUGUUUGUAAUGUCAGACAACCUCUAAUUUUCUUGUAUUUGGUGAAAUGUUAUGCUUUAAUGUUUUAACAAUAAAAAGAAACCCAACCUGGUGUU